AAAUAUCAUUCAGACGUGCGGUAUCUGCGUACCUCUGAUUGACAUUUGACACAACAAAAACAUUUCAAAAAGAUAUACAUAUUUAUACAAAAAUGAGAAAAAUUGAAACAAAAUGGGAGACCGUGACAACAACAACCUGAUACCGUUCGUGGCUGGAGUGGUCGUCGGUGCUGGCAUCCUCACCUUGCUGUAUAAAUUCUUUUUAUCUAGUAAACCAAAGAAACCAUUGAGACUCAACCAGCAAAUCAAUGCUCCAGCCAAGUGCACUUGCUUAAAGGGAGGUUCCGACCCGUGUCAACUCCACGGCGGCGGUGCAGACUAACGCGUUAAUAAGAACUUAUUUCUAUCCAAUACGAAAAAAGAAGAACGCAACGUCAAUGUCAAUUGCUCCGUCAGUGAAAUCAAACAAAGAUGGGUGUCCGCAACAAUAUCACUUAACUCUUUUUACCGUAACAUCUAAGGUCGCGCAGGUCACAAGAACAACCGCUAAACAAAUAUAAACAAGUCCUAUCAAAUUGAAAUUUAAUUAUGUGCGAUUGUUUAGAAGAAAAACAGCGGAAGGAGCGAGAACGUGCACAAAGACUUGCAGCCCGUGGGAUCCGCGGUGGACUAUACGGCCCGUCCGGUGGCGCGUACGAUGGGGUGGAAGGUGGAGCCUUCGGUGAGGAGGGACGCUUUGACGAGUAUGGCAACUGGGUUCCAGCUCGGGACCCGCCCUCGCGCUUUACUCCUGCGAAGAUCCUGCUUGGAACGGCUGGCCUACUCUUAGCUCUUCUCGCAUUGUUCUUGAAGACCGCCGACACUAGUUCUUCACCAUUUCUCCACAAACUCUGUUUUUCAUAUCUUGCUCCAAACCAGGACCCAAAUAGUGCAGCUGGCGCUGGCGCUGGAGCUGGCGCCGGCGCUGGCGGUGGCGCCGGCGCUGGCGGUGGCGCCGGCGCUGACGGCGGCGUUGAAAUUGGCCCUGACGGAAAGCGACGCUACUGCAUCAAAAAAAAUAAGAAAAAAUGGCCUAGGGAAUCUACCGACAAAGACGGACAAUAACAAAUCAAUUAAACUAUCGAAACAUUUUUAUAUUUUAAUAAAUAACUAA